CUGGAACGGACGUCACCAUGGCGACUGGACGCGGACGCCAUUUAUGUCGCUAACUUGUAGAGCUGACGUCACACUCUGAACGCUUCAUGGCCUCAACUUCCGAGCAAAUAUAAAUUAAAAAGAUCUUGAAUCCGACUCAAAGAGGUCAAGCCCAGAGAAACAAAUGGCGGCAGCACCGACUGCAGUUACGUGCAGAGUGCGGGCCGCGAGGACGUCCAGGAGAGCUGCCAAACCAUCUCUGAACUUCAUGGGAAGACUUCCAUCAGAGAUCCUGUUUAAGAUUCUGUCAUAUCUGGAUGCCUCCGCUCUUCACAGCAUCAGUCACGUCAAUAAGCUCUUCUCUCAGCUCGCCAACGAUAAUGCUCUGUGGAGAAAGAUUCACAUGGCAGCGCUUCGCAGGACUAAGAAGCGUAAAGCGAAGCACAUGGACGAGCUGCUGCUGCAGACGGCCACGGUGGAGCUGCAGGGCCGGCCUGCAGGCUUCUGGAAGUGUCUGCACUUCAAGGCUGCGCUCACAUAUGACAUGAACAAGUGCAAAAGUCAUCUUGCACUCGUCAGCCGUCACACCGGGCUGCCCAGCCGAACAGAGCGGGUCCUCAGAGACUUGCACGUCACCUGGGAGGUGACGGUCUCUGAUCAGUCGGGGCGAGACGGCAGACAUGAGCUGAGCUGGUCCCAGUUCUGCGAGACUUCAGUGAGUCUGUGCUGGAGCGCAGGAGGCUGCUCGCCCAACUACAAGCAGAUUUCCACCCUUCAACUCCACGGUGUCAGGAGGAUCGCCCUCAACUGCCCCGGCCUGAAGAUACCCGGCUGGAGGUCCCUCAUGGUGAAGGUAGACGUGCAGGCCCUGACUGAAUGCGUGCAGGUCAUCGGUCAGGACAGGAUGGUGGUACUGAAGCUGCUCCAGCCUGGCGUUCUCAUCGGCGUCUGGAGGCGAUGUGUCUCUGUGCAGGACCAGUGCUCUGUGGCCUUUGUCAUGUUCACCCUCCACUUCCACAGGCUGGUGGAGAGAAGCACCCAGGGAGAGUCUCUCCGCACCUACGUGGAGCCAAUCAUCAAACCCCCUUUUGAUGACAUCGACCCUGAAUACGGUCUCCAUGGUUACCAGCUACACAUUGUUCUCCACGACACCGCAUGCGAGAUCAUGUCCGAAAGCUUCCCCGAGCUCUUCUGCCGGAGGACUCAGAUCAGUGACGGUCUCAUCCAGCUGACGGCCAUCAGCAGGACGACACCGUCGCAGCACGCAGCUUUGUCUGGCAGCAUCAGCCUUCCCUGGAGGUGUGAGGCCCUGCAGGGCACAGUGGAGAAUUGCUGCAUCAUGAGUUUGACUCUGUUGGACGAAUUUAAGAAUCCCUUCUGGUGCGUUGGCUCUCCUGUUGCCAUGGCGCUGCAGACUACGCCGGUCUCCUACGACUAUGACGGUGAGCACUUCCUGAUCCACUAUCAGGACUCAGACGGUCGGGUGAAGAUGGAACUGGUGAAGGAACAGAAACAGUUCCUUCUCAUCAGCUUAGUUGUGUUUGUGACUGUUUGCAAAGUCAACAAACAUUUCAGUAAAGAUUACUGAAGUUUUUAAUCUUUACAGUUGGACACUAUGAUCAUUUUAAACUUAAUUGAUACUUUAAUUGAGACAUUUAUUUAGUGAUCUUUUGUAAAUGCAGAAAAAGUCGCAGUUCAAAAUGUUCAAAUACUGAAUAAAUUAAUACA